AUGUCUCGUCGUUUCGCUACAUACGGUGGUCUCGCUGCUGUUGGUGGUGUCACCUACUACCUCUACAGCGCUGGAGGCGACCCGAAGCUUGCCGAGAGGAAGGCUGAACAUGACGCUGCGACUGCCGCACGCAAGCUGAGAGGCGACUACCCUGGCCAGGACAAGGAAGCUAAGAAGGCCGGCCAGGAGGGUUACGAGGCAGUACGCGCCAGCGCACAGCAAUACGCCGACCAAGCCAAGGCGGAAGCGAAGAGGGCGGAGCAGAAGUUCGAUGCCUACAGCGCAGACGCGAAGAAGCAGUACGAGGAGGCCAAGGUCCGCGCUGAGCGCGAGAUGCACGAGGCAGGCAAGCAGGUCAACGCGGCCGCCAACAAGUUCGAUGCCGUUGUCGAGGAGAAGGCCGCGAAGACUCAAUCAUGGCUCGGUGGACUGUUUGGCGGAAAGUAA